UAAAAAAAAAAACAGUUGAGAAGAAAAACAGAGAGCAAGACCGAGGCAGCAUGCACAAGUCUCUGAAAGAAACUGAGAGGUGUCACACUGCGUCUGUAAUUACCGCCCGGAGCUGUCGGAAGUUCCUGAAUGAGAAGUCAGAUCGGAGUGAAAAUCUGAGAUUGAUUUCGCGUCGCGCUGAGCUGUAGUUCACUCAAAAGAGAAUAUCUGCCAGUACAUUCACAGAAUGCUCCGCUUUCUAUACUACUUCAAAAGUAUGGAAACAAAACAAGGACCUAUAUACCAGCAGCGCAGAGGAUCGUGGCUAUGUUCCAAGGUUGGCGGAUUGAGAUAAGUUUAGUAUUUUGUGAGCUUGAACUGGGACGUUUCGGAACUCCUUAUCAAGAAUCAAGUCAAGUCUGCUUCUGCGAUUUGUUGGACGUUUUGGGAUGUUUGCGAGGUGGAUUUUACGGGUUUCAGUUCGGAUACGUUUAUUUCUCUGGGUGAUAAGUUUAAUUACACUGGGAUUUUGCUCAGAAUUAAAGGUGCGUGUACGCUUAGCUGAUGGACAAAUCACUAAUGAAGUUUUAGAGGCGGACAGUGAGCGCGACUCCAUCACUUUGGAGUACAAACAAGGAGAUGGCACACUUAUAACUUUCGUCGCUGAUUUUAAGCAGGAUGUGAAGAUCUUCCGGGCGCUGAUCCUGGGGGAGCUGGAGAGAGGCCAGAGCCAGUACCAGGCCCUGUGCUUCAUCACACGCCUCAACCGCAACGAGAUCAUCCCCAGCGAGUCCAUGGCACGACUCCGACAGAAAAACCCGCAUGCAAUCCGCACGGCGGAAGAGCGGCGUGGUGUGGAGCAGAUGACCAUGAACGUGGCGGUCAACCUGACGCGGAGCUGGCAGCUGAGCGCACACAUCCACAACAUGUGUAGCGUCGCCCGCGAGGCUGUCUACACGCGCGAGGCUGACGUCAAACACUGGCUGGAAAGAGGCGUGGAGGGCUCCAUGUUUGAGCUGCUCCCUCAGGCGGCGGAGACACCAGGGUUGCAGAGCUGCUCACAGGCGCAGGACGUGUGGCAGGCGUGCUCUUGCUCCUUUAGCCUGCGGCUGGAGUGGUACCCCUGCCUGCUCAAGUACUGCCGCAACCGGGACACCACUGGCCGUGGCAACCCCUACAAGUGUGGCAUCAAGAGCUGCAGCAAGGGCUACCACUUCACCUACUACGUGCCUCACAAGCAGCUGUGCCUGUGGGAUGGCGAGGCCUAGCCAGUGCAGCAGAGAGAGAGAGACAGAGAGACAGAGAAGCAUGAUGGGAUUGCUGUUUAUAAUCUCUACUUUAUAAUGAUCAGCAGGACAGGGCCGAGUCCAACUCCUCCAGCUCCAACUCGAACAUGUCACACUGUAAGUCCACCAGGGAGGAGGGGAGAGUGGAGGAGGGCAAGGCCUCAUCAGGGGGAACUUCAGCAUAAGUUCUGAGCUCCCAGAACAAGAGUCAGUGUCUUAAGCAGUCUAGUGCCUAUGUGUGACGAUCAGAACCAUGUGUGUGUGUGUGAUGGACACAGUCUUCCUUUGUGUGUGUGUAUGUGUUUGGGAAAGAGGGGGGUGUGGGGGCACCGUUGCUCAAAAGAACUCUUUGUGCAAUCUAAAGGGCCUCUUCUAAUGUAUAUGCAUAUGGCUGAAGAAAGCAGCAUUCUAACAUGCCUGGGCUGUGAAAUCAACCACUGGAACUACAGAUCCCAAGAUGCAUUGCGUGGAGAUGAUUGAGGGAUGAAGGAACUGUGAGCCAAGAUAUUUUUCAUUUGUUUAUAUGUACAGCAGCUGUGUAGUCUGUGUAUAGUCCUCUACUACCUUGCUGGUUCACAUCAAUUCAGGUUGUUUGUAUUUUAUUUUGAUUACUGUUCAUUAUUUAUUUUGUUUGCAAAAAGACAUUAUCAAAGAAGCUAAUGUACAAAGUGGAAACCCAUAACACCAUUCACUCUGAUUUCAUGCUGUUUCCUGUUGUGUCACACUAUCUGUUUAAAUAUUUCUUCUUGACCUAUAUUUCUCUUAGUGACGACUUGGUUAGUUAGUUUUGUGUUUUAGAAGGGUAGAGUAACAUGUCUUUAAGAGUAUAAGGUAGGAGAGCCUUAUGCCUUUGAUUCUUGCAUUCCCGUGGCCUUAAUUUAAUUUUUUUUUUCUUCAUUUACUUUGAUUCGAAAAUUAGUUAGGUGUGUGUGUGUGUGUGUGUGUGUGUGUGUGUGUGUGUGUGUGUGUGUGUGUGUGUGUGUGUGUGUGUGUGUCCAUGUGUGUAAUUUCACUCUUUAUUACUGAAUGUAGACUUUGAGAUGACAUAGAUAGUGGACCAAAAGGGUUAAUGCACAUUCCAGUACACACUUGUCAUCUGUAGGUGACUAAGAGUUCACCGUGAUCUCACACAGUGACGUCACACUCUCUCGUUAUGUCAGAACACCGGAACGGAACCCUUUAGUCACAUAAACUAAACCUCACGUAACUCACAUGUUUUAUUGCAAGGAUUUAAAUCAAACCAAAGUCUACCUUUACAGAGGGAGUGAAGGGUGGCAGUGCAAAUUAAGUUGAUGGAUGUGAGGCCGCUGAAAGCUUCACAUGCCAAUUUCUGUAUUCUGUAAAAGCCGCCACUAGCUAUUAUGGGCAUUGAACUUCGCUCUGUUGUCAGAACUGUGAUGUCAAAUACAAAACUUUUGCUGUUACAUCACACACAAAUUGUUUUCUGUGUUUGUAUUAAUAAUGCAGUAUGUCGCUGGAAAGAGUAAUGUUUUAUUAGUUUUUUUUCGCUGGAAAGAGUAAUGUUUUAUUAGUUUUUUUUUUCUGUCUGUUGUCUCACAAGUUCAAAGUGAUGUAAUUUUUUAGGUAGUGUAGGCCUAGUUGUAGAACUCAUUAGAACCUGAAAAAUAAUGGUACUGCUUCUAAUACAUUUAACUUGUCGAACAAUUUAAAAUCAGAUCACACCCCAACUGUCAAGCCAAAUGAUUGUGAAAGAUUUCAGACUUUCAUCCAUUUUUGAUAAACAAGUGCCUUAAUACCGACAUUUGUAUUGAUUGCUUUGUUAAGUUAGAGUGGACAUAUUUUUAUAUAAAUAUAUUAUGUUAGGACUCAAUCCAUGAUGGCAGUGAGA